AUGGGCGUUCACCAUUUCAGGUGAAACGCCCUCCGACUCCGAGCUAGCCUACGAUGUCUACGUCUGCUGCUUCUUCUUCGUCUUCCUCUGCUUCUCCUGAUUUUGUGAACGUUUGUGACAAAGAACUAGAUAUCAAUGACUUUCAUGAUGUUUAUGAUAAAGUCAGACCACUCUCAGCUCAUUGGGAACAGAUUGCUAUUUCAUUGCGUCUCAGAAUAGAUACUAUCAAGGAAAUACAAGCUAUAAACUUUAGUGGGAAGGCUCUGUCAUGUCUAUCUAAAGUUCUAGAGCACUGGUUAAAGAAAGAGUAUGAUUACGAGCGCUAUGGUGUUCCUUGUUGGAGGAGAGUGUGUGUAGCUGUUAAAGGAGGAGGUGAUCCAGCAUUAGCAGAAGAUAUAGCUCGUACACAUCUUCAUAGUUCAAAAGAGACAUUUGAUUAUGAAAAGGGUUUAGGCGGAAAGCAGCAGUAUUUACAAGAUGAAUUUAAAAUGUUGAUUCAAUUAACAGAGGAAUCCUUCAAAUCAGGUGAUCUUCCAGAUAUUAUAAAUUACCUCCAAACACAAACGAUGUCAUUUGGUCCUAACAAGAAAACAGCUAAAGAAAUUAGAGAAGAGUUUGAACAUAUAUCAACAAUACCAGAAUUGUUUGCUGUACUACAAGACAAAUAUGUAUCGUGGUUUGACUAUACAUUAAUGAAAAAGCUUGUUGGAGUUUUUCUACCCAAAAUUCAUUUAUUAAAGAUGACAUGGACAUCAUAUGAAGAGAAGUUAAAGGAUUAUUUUGUUAAUAGUAGCAAUGGUAGUGAUCACAACUAAUUUUAUUCAUUGAUGUGCUACAUUUACAUUGUGUAAAAAUAUGCAAAUAUUUUUUCAUAUUAUGCCAUUAA